GAAAAUAGUAAGUUAUUUUCAAAUGGAUUUCAGGAUGGGAGUAGAGGUGUGGUUGUUGGUGGCUGGAGUAGUGAUGGCAGCUUGGGCAUACUCCCGCUGGCGCCACAGCUACUGGUCGUCUCGAGGAGUCUCAACCCCUCCUUAUCUUCCCUUCCUCGGACAUUUGCACAAGCUUUUAUCGUUAUCUCAGACUCGAUGGCGUUAUGUCGAUGAGGUGUAUCACAAGUAUGGAGGUUCAACACUCAGUGGACUGUAUGAGCUGUUUCGUCCUGUUCUCAUGAUUGGCGAUCCUGACCUACUCAAAAACAUCUUCGUUAAGGAUUUUGAUCAUUUCGUGGACCGUCGAAAGUUUCUAGCUGAAGAAGGAAGCAUUUCAAACAUAAUGCUGAGUAACAUGACCGGAGAUGAGUGGAAGACUCUCCGGGGGAUCAUGAGUCCCACUUUCACGUCCGGCAAGAUGCGCUCCAUGUUUCCUCUGAUCUGUGAGAAGGCCGAUGCUCUUGUUUCUUUUUCUCUUAAAGAAGCAGCUAACAAACCUUUUGUUGACAUGAAGGUAAACUUUGGAAGGUUUACUAUGGAUACUAUUGCUUCCUGUGCUUUUGGUAUUGAAUGUAAUUCUUUUAAGAGCGAGGUGCCAGAAUUUUCCAAAUAUGCAGAAAUGUUUUUUAAUUUUUCCUUUUUAAGGAUCCUAAAAUUUACUCUUUUUAACAUGUUCCCGACGAUCGGUAAUGCCCUGAGAAUCAAAAUAGAUUCACCAGCCAUAAAAUAUUUUUCGAAUGUUGUAGAAGAGACAAUUGCAGCCAGAAAUGCAGGACAAAGACGGGGUGAUUACUUGGACUUGCUCUUGGACGCUCGAGCUGGUGUUAGCCAUCCCAUUAUUACUGACACAUCAACUGUCCCACACAACCAGUCCACCACUACCCAGGACCGUACUGCCCAGGAGACCAACCACGACUCUUCUGUCACUAACGUUAACAACAUUCCCAUCACUCAGUCUAAGCAAGUGUUGACCAACAAAAGUAUCGUGGCACAGAGUGUGUUGUUCCUUAUUGCUGGCUACGACACCACGGCGUCUACUCUCGCCUUCUCAUCAUUCCUACUGGCCAAGCAUCCCAUACAUCAGCAGCGUCUCCGUGAGGAGAUAAAGCAGAUUAUCCAUGAAUAUGGUGAUAUUACCUACGAGGGCAUCAUGGAAGCCAAAUUCCUCGACGCUUGUCUCAUGGAAACUCUGAGACUCUACCCUCCCGCCACCUUCGGGGAACGCCAGUGUACCAGAACCUUCAAAAUACCUGGCACUGAAGUAACUCUGCAUCCCGGCGACGUGGUGACUGUCCCGUUCUGGAGUCUGCACCACGACCCUCGCUACUGGCCACAACCCGAGGAGUUUCAGCCAGACCGCUUCCUGCCGGAAAACAAAUCCAACUCCCCCAGCUUCACUCACAUACCCUUUGGAAUGGGACCUAAAAACUGCAUAGGUAUGCGUUUUGCCCUGAUGGAGGCCAAGGUGGCUCUUGCUAAGCUGCUGCUAGCAGCAGAAAUACACCUUGACAAGAACCACACGGAGCUGAAGAUUGAUAGAUCUCCGUUCCUUUUGAGACCAGAAGAAGGCGUCAAUCUAGUAUUAACGCCAAUCACCAGUAACACAUAUGGCUAAAAUUAACCCACAACAAUGUGAAUUGUACCAUCAACAGACGACGAUAAACAUUCCAAUUACGUCGUUAUGCCUUGGUUCACUAUGUGUAAAUUUACAUUGCUAUAUCGUUUUUUAAACUGCUAGUGGGUUUAAAUAAAUUGUAGGGAAUAUUUGUACCAACUUUGUUAAACUUUACCUUUUACCAGUAUUACAACCCGGGAGUUCAAAAGGCCUGUUAUCCUGGGUGUAAAGGGAGCAAAAUAAACACAGCAGAAAAUU